CGAACUUUGGCGCAAGGAAACUACGCUGACGCAAAAUCUGUCGUCAUUGAAAGAAGAUUUGGCCAAAGCGGAUCAAGCUCUUCGCUCUAUGGCCGGAAAGCCAAUCCUAAACGGAAGAGACAGUGUAAGAAAAGUACUUGAGACAUUCCAAGAACGUGGCGGAGAGUGGGCCAAAAUAGCCACCCAAUACUACGGGCCGGUCAUCGAAAACUUCACUUGCGACAAGACUAUUUACACAGCGGUAGAAGUAACAGCCGGUAACCGUCUGUUUCACCACAUCGUCGAGUCAGACACUGUAGGGACCAAGAUCCUGAAGGAGAUGAACCGGCAAAGUCUACCUGGGGAGGUGACCUUCAUGCCUUUGAACCGUCUUCAAGUCCGAGACAUGGUCUACCCCAAUGAUAAU